CAAAUUGAAGCAGUACGACUACUGUUGAAUUGCGACUACGACAUUCAUAUUUGCGAUGAGUAUGGAGAUACAGCUCUCCACUACGCUGCUAGAAAAGGAAAUUGUGAAAUAGCUUAUAUCCUACUUCAAGAAGGAGUCGAUAUAAAUGCUAAAAACAAGAUAGGCGAAACCGCUCUCCAUAUCUCAGUAGAAUUUGAUUCACUUGACCUAGCAAACUUGCUGAUUGACUUCGGUAUUGAUAUUAACGCAACUAAUUAUCUCCAAUCCGAAUCAACAGCAUUACAUAUUGCUAUUGAAAUGGGAAAUUCGAAAUUGGUUUCGUUAUUGGUAAAACAUGCUAAUGUCAAUGUGAAGGAUAGGCAUCAUCAAACACCAUUACAUAUAGCGGCUGGAUAUAAUUUCAUAGCAGAAUGUGCUCUAUUGAUUGAAAACGGAGGAGAAAUCAAUUGCAAGGACAACAAGAUGUCAACCCCUUUGGAACUUGCAACAAUAAACUGGAAACCAAGUUUGGUUAAGUUGUUACUGGACAGUGGCGCC